GGUGCCCCUGCGCCUGGUGCUCCCAACAUGGCCUGUGGGCAAGUGCUCCUGUUCGCUGGCCUCUCGGCCCUGGGGCUCCUGGCCUUGCUGCAGGGGGCCGCUGGGGCCUCGGUGGGGCCCGGGCAGGCGGGAACGCAGCAGGCACAGGAAGACCCCGGACAGAUCUUCAUGCAGGAACCGGACGCCUCAGAUUUCCUCCGUAAGCGAAGCCGACGGUCGGCCAAGCCCCCCGACGAGGCCUAUGCGGAGACCAGGCAGGGGCUGCGGGCGGACGAGCUGCGCAGGGAGGACCUGGAGGAGCAGCGGAGCGAGCAGGAGAGCUACGCGGAGGAGCAGAGGGACGAGCAGGAAGAGAGAAGCCGCGAGGCCACCGAGCAGUGGCGCCAGUGGCACUACGACGGCCUGUCCCCGCCGCACCUCUACAACCGCCACCGCACCUGAGCGCUCCCGCCGCCUGGCCAGUGGAGGCCCUCUCGGAAACGCUCCUCUCUCCCCCGCCCGCCCGCCGCUGGCCCUGGGCAGCAGAUGUGUCCCAUGCUUCACUGUGUCGUGUCCCUGCCAGAGACAUGAGGGCACGUUGGCACCGCGCUGGCACCGCGCUU